AUGUUGGACAUGACACGGCCGUACAUGAAUCCGAAAGGUCUCAGCUGGUUUGUCACCGGUCUGUUCGUGGUCGGGGAUUUAGCCGGUGGUGGUCUGGUUGCGCUGCCGACGGCUAUGAUACAAUCAGAAUUCUACCCGGGCUUGGCUAUUUCUGUCGUAAUGAUGGCAGUCGUCACCUAUACGGCUUAUGCAUUGGGGCUCAGCUGGAAUAUUCUUCUGAACACGUGGCCUGAAUAUCGAGAACACUGUCGGAAGCCAUAUCCUGAAAUCGGAUAUCGUGCAAUGGGCAGAAUCGUCAAGAUACUCGUCUCAAUAUGCAUAGACAUAACUCAAUUUGGCAUUGCCGUAGUAUACCUGUUGCUGGCCUCAAAAAAUAUUCACGAUAUGAUUAAGACAUUUUCGAAUGCGGACUUCAGUUACUGCUUUGUUGUUUUGAUUCUUGCUGCAUGUCUUCUUCCAAUAACCUUUCUGAAGUCUCCACAGGAUUUCUGGUGGGCAGUUGUUAUCGCCAUGAUUACUACGUCAUGCGCCGUUGUACUGAUCAUAAUCGGCGCAUCGCUGGACUAUGGGCUAUGCUCGCAUUAUACAGGCAUGCCUUCGUAUCAACCGAAGAACUUCUUCUUGGCGUUGGGCACAUUACUGUUCGCCUAUGGAGGACAUUCAGCUUUUCCCACCAUUCAACACGACAUGAAGAACCCUGCCGAAUUCACAAAAUCUGUCAUUUUGGCUUUCACAGUCAUGGGAGUAAUGUAUGGCCCUGUGUGCAUUAUGGGCUUCCUCACAUACCACGAUUCAAUUAGGGACUCCAUUAUUCCAUCUAUUCAGACAGUAUGGAUCCAACAAGCCAUCAAUAUAUUGAUUACUGUUCAUUGCAUUCUCACGUUAACGAUUGUUUUCAAUCCGCUGAAUCAGGAAUUAGAAGAUCUCUUCCAUUGCCCACAUCAUUUUGGCUGGCAGCGAGCUUUAAUCCGAACGGGUACUAUGUUGGCUGUAGCUUUCAUUGCUGAGACCAUACCAAAUUUCGGUCCAUUACUUGAUCUUUUCGGGGUUUUGUUCCCCAAUUUCAGCCAGAUAAUAAAGUUAUGUAUACUACUGGUUGCAGUAUUCGGCCUCAUUGGUGGGGCAGCUGCCACGUUUUCCGCAAUUGUCGAGUUGACCACUACGAGCUUUUUAUUACCGUGUUACGUCAGCCCGUUUGUCAACAAGGUAAGAUCGAAGUUCUGGUAUGAUCCUCUAUAG